GUAAUAAUUACAAAUGAGGGCAGAAUUAGAAGUACAUUUACACCAGUCAAUUUUAUUGAGUCAAAAACCUCGUUACUGAUAACGGUGAAUAUUAUUAUUUAACCAGAAAUGUCUGUGCGUUCUAGGUCGCGUUGGAUCGAAUAAAUCGGUUGAAAAUGCCACGUUCUUUCCUGGUCAAAAAGGAGAGUGAUCUGCCAAACGAAGAAUGUGACGGAACUGAAGAAGCAGCAAUAAUGAGUGACAAAGAAAAGAUGGAGAAAAGAGAUGUGGAGGACAGAGAAGAGGAAGCAAAUAACAGAAAUGAGAAUAGAAGUGGAGAUGAUGCUGAAAUCCAAUCUGAGAUGAAAAAACAAGAUAUUGAAAAGAAUAGGAAUGUAAAUGAAUCAAAAAACAAAGAUGAAAACUGUGAUGCAAGUGUGGAGAAAAAAUGCACUGCUUCCAGUAUUGAUAAAAUGACCAGUAAAGGCAAACAGAAAGUAGAACAAAAAAGUGAUGAAGAUGAUGGGAAUACGCAACAGCGAACUAAGAAAACUUACGAAUGCUGUGAGUGUGGAAAGGUUUUCAAUGCCCAGUAUACUUUAACACGACAUCAACCAGUACAUACAGGUGUGCGCAAGUAUGCGUGUAAUGUCUGCGGUAAAACCUUCCGUCAGGGUAGUACACUGUGUCGUCACAAAGUCAUCCACUCGGAUAAUAGACCGUUUAAGUGUCAAAUCUGCAGUAAAGACUUCAAUCGUUCAUCAUCAUUGAUUGCACACAUGAAAACACACUGUAAAUCUAAGCCACACGUUUGUUAUAUGUGUGGGAAGGGAUUUCACCAGAAAGGUAACUUGAAGAAUCAUAUGCAUACACACACGGGAGAGCGACCGUACCAGUGUCCAUGCUGUGAACGCUGCUUCAAUCAACUCUCCAACCUCUCUUACCACUUACAGCAAGCACAUUCUGAUAAAAAACUAUUAACUUGUCAUGUCUGCAAAGAAACAUUCCACAGAAAGUAUGAAUUAAGAAAACAUGAAAUGGAAAACCAUAAAAUUAAUUACCCAUGUCGGGAACCACCACGGUAUGCACGUGACAAAAAAGGAAAAUGUAAGAGCAAAUGUGUUGAGGUUGGUAACGAUGAAAUGAAUAUAGACGACUGCAAAGAUGAUAUUGAACAAACUGCCUUGGCUCAUUUGAACACUAUGCAAAAUACAAAUGAAAAUAACGAUAGAAAUGAUGACAUUCUAUAUAUUAUGAAUGCUAUGUUAGAGACUAACAAUAAUGAACCAAACAAGGAAGAAACAGGAACAGGAUCUGAUGAAAACACUCAAAAUGUAACUGUCGUUGAUCCAGAAAUUGUGAAUUUACAGAAAACCUCAUUGGUAAUGUUUAAAUUUGAGCAGCUUAAUCACUUGCAGGUUGUUAAUUCGGACAUAACUCCAGCAGCAGAACACAACACACAAGAAGAUCACUAGGUGUAUUAACGCUGCAGCUACAGAUCUGAUUUGUACUGUAUUAGGCAUGGCUUUUGUAAAACAUUAUUUGCAUAAUAAUUUGAACCCUUUUUCUAUGUCUUUAGUGAUCACAAUUGGUCAUCUGAAGACAUUAAGCCUUCAUCAUCACAUGUAUAUGCAUUAUUUUCAAAGACAAAAGCAGGUUGAGGAUGUUUAUUAAUUUAUCUAAGAAAUGCCUGAAUACCAACAUGUUUAUCAAUCAGAGUUGGCAAUGGACAUUUAGCAACAUGUUGAUUUGCCAUAGAGGGUGCUAUUUAAUACAUGGAUCUGGCUUGGUAAAAAUUGGUAAAGUGAUGGCCAAAUAUUAAAUUACAUUUAAUUUUUUCUCUGUACCUGACAAUAAAACGAAUGA